AUGUCAGCUUAUGCAACAAAUAAGAAUUCACCUACAACUUCAAAAAUUGCUUUUGCUGCAGAAGAACCUACCAAUUUGAGGAAGUAUGCGAAACUGUGUACAAACGAUCUAAGUCUCCUGCAGGAAUUAAUCAAAGCAAACGAACCUCUCAAAGCUCCGCUAGAUUUACAUUUCAAUGGAGAGUUGAGCCUAAUGGAUGUGGUUAAAAUAAGUGAGGCUGCGCUGAAGAGGAUAGUUUGCAUGGCAAGAGAUUUGGCAGCUUUCCAAGGACUGGACAUUGAGGACAAAAAGAACAUUAUGAAAGGCAGCUGUAGCGAGUUGCUGAUUUUAAGAGGUGUAAUGGCAUUUGAUCCGAACAAAAACACUUGGAACCACAACUUCACCACGGAUGAAGACACGCCCAAGGAUGGUGCAGCCGCUGCUCCACGUGGUGCACCAUCCUUGGGCUACGUAAUUGGAAAGAGAAGUGGCACACCUCGAUUUCUCACCGAAUUCAAUGAACAAAUACGGACGAACGAGUGCGUAAUGCUAUUAUUGAUGGCUCUCGUCAUUUUUCGUCCCGAUAGACCCAACCUUCUCGACAAGGACAGAGUUAGAGCAAUACAAAACACGUACUAUGGAGUGCUGAGAAGAGUGCUUGAGUGCGAAUACGCUGCUAAUGAGGCACUUAUCGUGUAUGAAAUGCUUGUAAGGAAGUUGGAGGAGUUGAAACACUUGAAAGAAGGACUUGUGAGGAUCUACUAUGGAUUCGACAGUCGUCAGCUAGAUCCAUUAAUCAAAGAGUUAUUUGACAUGUAG